AUGACGACCGUCGACACAUUCCAGACAGUGGCCAACAGGAGUCCCAUGAACGCCAAGACCCAGAUGCUGCGCCGAAACCAGUGGGCGGAUCGACAUGGGGGGAUGCUUUUAUUGGGGAAGUUCCCCAAACUUUGCUGGCUUGCUGGCUUGCAUUGGGAACCCAUUCUGACAUGCAUUGGCCAACAUGCCUUGGCCAACGUUUCAGGGAAUGCCUGCUCUCAGACGUUGGGCAGUGACCAAAUGGCCAAAUUGAGGAUAUUGCCGGAGUCUCCCCGCUGGUUGUUAUCCAAAGGCAGGGUUUUACAAGCUGAGGAAAUUUUAAGGAAGGCCAAAAAGGAAAACAGAAUGCUGGACACCAAGGAUGCAUCCAUCCCAGGUUCCCCAGGUGGCGCUGCGACAGAGUUGCUUUCCGUGGAACAG